UUUCGGUAGAAUGACUUAUUCGCGUCGACACGCGCGUGCAAGUUUCUUACUAAGGGUCUACUUAUUUAAUAAAAAUAUCAGUGACAUAUUAUUGAUUAAAUAAGUGAGCAUUAUUAUAUUUGUUCGUAUCUAAAUCAAACGUAUAGGUGAGCCCGUAAAAUGAGGUUAGACAGUAAUGAAGAGUACAAUACAAGCACUUCAAGAUUUUCGUGGUUGAAAGACGAUUACCACCGAAUUGUUUUUCGUAUUAAAAGAUUUAAGUGGGCAGACUUGAAGAAAACUGGAUUUAUAUUGUGGAUCAGUACACUAUUAUUUGCUAUAACUGGACUAACACUUUUCGUACGGAGCAUUAUAGUUCUGUCACGAUGGCAAACGUACGAAACGUUUAUUGUGGACUUUAUCUUCCUGGUGCCCAGAUUUGCGUUAGCAACCUCCAUUUUUAUUCUGAUCAUAGCUACGCUUGGUAUUUAUGGAGCGAAGUCACAAAAGUAUAAACAUGUUCUUUUGUAUACAGUGUUGCUAGUACCAAUAUUAGUAUUUGAAAUAGCAGUUACCGUGGUCGCAUUCAGUAAUAUUACUGAUACUAUCUUUAGAAUAAGGAAUCACAUGGAAAGACACAAUCCUUAUUUGAGUUCGAAUUAUCCAGGGCAUGGGAUGUCUGAUUGGGACAAUAUGCAAAGGGAGUUAAUGUGUUGUGGCGUACACGGAAACUUUGGCAACGCUCCUGUCCUGCCUAUAAGCUGCUGCCCUAUUCCGGCCGGAGCGAUGUCUCCAUUUGAAUGCACAUAUCAAAAUACGCACAGAUCUCGAUGCGAUAUUGUAAUUUCUUCGCGUGUCUCCAUUGAUUUGUAUACUUUAGGAUGUAUGGGCGCAGUCAUCGCUUCCCUUCAGAUUAUAAUUAUAGGCCUGUCUGCGUGGAUGACCCACAGAUUAAAACAUAAACCUCCCAAUGCUAACAGCGACUUGCAAAAGAUUGUAACACCGACACAAGUGGUGACUGACUAUUCAAAAUUUUAAAGAGAUUGAAAAUAAUAUUCGGGUUUGGUAUAUAAUAAAAGACUUUUACCUUUUCUAUUGUAUUAUGCUAUAUCGCUUAUUUCAUAAUCAAUAAAUUUUUAUAGUGUAACGAGCAAACUAUAAUGUCUGAUAUUUUUCUUUUUCCUUCUUUUCCUACUACUUCUUCAGAAAAACUGCUAUAGUAAAUAUACAGGCAGUAUUAA